AUGCCAGUAGAAUAUCGUCAGAAUAAAAAUUAUACUUCAACUCAUCUUAGUUAUUAUGAAUUACCUCAUUCAAUAGGACGUCAUCAUAUGUCGCAAAAUUAUAAUCAACAAAAUGCAUCAGAUCGUCUUUAUCAAAUAGCUAUACAAGCUGCAGUGGCCAAAGCAGAAUCAUCUAAAUCCACAAAUGAUGAAAUUCGUAAAUUUUAUCAUGAUGAUAAUAAAUAUAAAUUAAAUAAAACAAAACUAAACAAUAAUGUACAUAAUCAUACUAUUAAUAAUACAAUUACUACAAUCAGCACUACAACUACAAUAAUAACAACUACUAAUACUGCUACUACUACCACUACUACUCCUUCGACAAAUUUAUCAUCAAAAGUUAAAACAGCACAUUUAACUCCUCAACAAUGGCAAUUAUUAAAUGAUUAUCAUGAACAUGAUUUAUUUGUACGUACAAGAAGUUGGAGUUUUUGUAUGGCAGUUUUAGGUGUUGGUGUAACAUUGUUUGGUAUUGGUAGUCCAGCAUGGAAAUGGAUUGGAGAUUCUCGGAAUCCUUAUGAACUUGGUUUAUGGACCUUGUGUCUACCGAACAAUUCCACUUGUCUUUCAAUAAUUUACCACUUACAGAAUAACUGGAGUAAGUUCACUAAUAAAAUAAAUGAUUAUAUAAUUAUAUUUCGUAUUUCCUCUCUACCAUUUGUUUCUCUGAAACACAAGUAUGAUAUAGUUGACAGAUUGAAGUAUAUCCUUGUAAUGAAAACAAGAUCAUUUACUCAUGGAAGUAGAAUUGUUUAUUUCAAUGAAGUUUAA